AUCUCUGGUGUUAGCUAGCUCACACGCUUUCGCAUAAAACUCAAAAACCUCCCCUUUCUCGUCAUUUUUCUCGGAAUUCGCGAAACAGAAAAAAAAAAAAACUGGGUCUCACGAGAAAAAUUAUUACCCCUAAAUUUAACAAAGAGAAGAAAGUUUCUUCCUUUACUUUCUCUAACACCAAACCUUCUUCGAUGGAUUCUAGAGAACUCCACCAACAACACCAACAACAACACCAACAACAGCACCAACAACAGCAACAACAGCAGCAGCUUCAACCACCGCCUGGGUUCCUAAUGGGCUCCUACAAUCGAAACCCUAACGCCGCCGCUGCAGCCGCCGCAGCAGCGUUAAUGGGUCCCACAUCCACAUCUCAGGCGAUGCACCACCGCUUACCUUUCGGCGCUCUCUCACCGCAUCAACCCCAACCCCAGCAUCACCAGCAGCAGCAUCCUCACCAUCAUCAACCUCAGCCGCAGCAUCAGAUUGAUCAGAAGACGCUUGAAUCUCUCGGAUUCGAGGGAUCGCCUUCCUCCGCCGCCGUCGCCGCCGCGGCGACCCAGCAGCAGCCGAUGCGAUUCGGGAUCGAGCAGCAGGCGAAGAAGAAGAGAGGAAGGCCGAGGAAGUAUGCUCCUGAUGGUGGUGGUGGUAACAACAUUGGUCUCGCUCUGGCUCCUACAUCGCCUGCUUCUAAUUCGUACGGUGGUGGUACGGAGGGUGGUGGUGGUGGUGGUGGUGGAGAUAGCGGCGGAGGAGGAGGAGGAGGGAAUGCGAAUUCUUCCGAUCCGCCUGCUAAAAGGAACAGAGGUCGUCCUCCUGGCUCCGGUAAGAAGCAGCUCGACGCUUUAGGAGGAACAGGUGGAGUUGGGUUUACACCUCAUGUCAUUGAGGUCAAAACUGGAGAGGACAUAGCUAUGAAGGUAGUGGCGUUCACGCAACAGGGGCCACGCGCGAUCUGUAUUCUCUCAGCUACAGGAGCCGUGUCUACUGUGAUGCUUCGUCAAGGGAACAAUCCUAAUGGAACUGUUAAGUUUGAGGGUCCAUAUGAGAUCAUUUCUAUGUCAGGUUCUUUCUUGAAUACUGAGAGUAAUGGUACUGUGACCAAAACUGGUAGCUUAAGUGUAUCGCUUGCUAGACCAGAUGGUCAGGUUGUGGGUGGUUGUGUUGCUGGAAUGCUUGUAGCUGGAUCACAAGUCCAGGUUGUUGUUGGAAGCUUUGUACCAGAUGGGAAGAAACAGAAACAAAGCGCAGGGCGUGUUCAGAAUACUCCCGAGCCAGCUUCAGCACCAGCUAAUAUGUUGACCUUUGGUGGAGGUGGAGGAGGAGGACAAGGAAGCCCUCGGUCUCAGGGACAGCAACAUUCAAGCGAGUCAUCAGAGGAAAACGAAAGUAACUCUCCUUUGCACCGUGGUAAUAACAACAACAACAACAAUCAUCAUGGACUGUUUGGAAACUCGACACCGCAACAACUUCACCAAAUGCCACCUAUGCAGCAGCAGCAGAUGUACCAUCACCACCUCUGGCCUGGCCACAAUCCUCAAUAAGCAGAUGGUCCGUGGCUCUCGUGCUGGCCGGGUUUGCUUCUCUGUUCGUUUUACACAUCUCUCCAAUCAGAAUUAUCCAUAAAGUAGAUUGAGCUUUCUUUACUCUCUCGUCUUCUUCUUCCUCCUACUUCUCCACAAUUUAAUUUUGGUUUUAGAUAAACAGAGAGAUGUUAAGUAGGGUUUCAGUUCAUCAUUUUUAGUUUGUUUCUCUUAGUUACUUUUGAUUGUGGUGAUCAGAAAGACUUCUUUCUUUUUUUUACAUUAAUGCAAUGUUUAAAGAGAA